AUGUACUCACAACCUAUCUACACCACUCACAGCAACACGUACUCACAACCCAUGUACCCCACUCACAGCAACACGUACUCACAACCCAUGUACCCCACUCACAGCAACAUCAACCCAUGUACACCACUCAUACCAACACGUUCUCACAAUCCAUGUACCCCACUCACACAAACAUGUACCCCAUUCAGAGCAACACGUACUCACUACUCAUGUAGCCCACUCACACCAACACGUACCCACAACUCAUGUACCCUACUCACAGCAACAUCAAGCCCAUUCACACCAACACGUACUCACAACUUAUGUACCCCACUCACAUUAACAUGUACCCCAUUCGCACCAACACGUACUCACAACUCAUGUACCCCACUCAUACCAACACGUACUCACAACUCAUGUACCCCACUCACACCAACAUGUACCCCAUUCGCACCAACACGUACUCACAACUCAUGUACCCCACUCACACCAACUGCACCCCAUCGCACCAACACGUACUCACAACUCAUGUACCCCACUCUACCAACACGUAUCACAACAUGUACCCCAUUCAUACCAACACGUACUCACAACUCAUGUACCCCACUCACAACAACAUGUACCCCAUUCACACCAACAUGUACCCCAUUCACAGCAACACGUACUCACAACUCAUGUACCCCAGUCACAACAACAUGUACUCACAACCCAUCUACACCACUCACAAAAACGUACACUGUACUCACAAAGCUUGCACGUUACUCGCAUCAAAGUAAACUCUACUCACAAUAUAAUUUACACUUAUGA